AACUUCUCAAGAAAUUACCACCUUCCAUAAAAAAGAAUAUAUGGAAUCGACUUACUUCUAGAGUACAUAAUCCAUUGACAGAAGAACAAGCAAGUAGUAUUAAUCCUGAUAUUGAGGCAUUAUUGAUUAGUGAGAUUGAUAAAUAUGAAAAGAAAAAAAAACGAUAUCGAAUCAGCUCUUCUAUACAAAAUACAGAAAUAUCUCAAACUGUUAUCUCUGCUAAUACACAAGUAACUGAUAUGUGCCCUGGCACCAGCUCUGCUGUUGAGGAGGAGAUUAAUGCUCGAGUCAAAGAAGCUACAGAUAAAAUGCAUCAAAGGUUUAUUGAAACUACACAGGAAACAUUAAAUUCUAUUAAGCAACAGAAAGAUGCAGAGUGUAAGAAAAUAAAGCUGGAUAUGGCUAAUAGAGGUAAAGAUUUAUUUGAGUCUACAUUAAAAAAAUUUAUUCGAGAUGGAACUAUAUAUUAUCUCAUUCAUGAUUUGGAAGAGAAAGAUGGUAAAUCAUAUUCUGAUAUAUCUCGGAAAAAUUGA